AUGUCGGGAGGCCCAGGACAGUCCUCUGCGCCAUCUAAACUGACCGGGACCUCCAGCCAGCCGGUGUCAUACCAUUCGCCGUCGCAGUCGUACUCGUUUGGCGCAGACGCGGCAGCUCGUCGUGUCUCUGGGCCGCUCGUUGGAGGCCAGUCAUCCAGCAACCUAGCUUCAGCCAGGAACAAUCAGUCGAAGAAGGCGAGCCACAAGCGUCAGCGUAAACCUCGUCUGGUAGAUGAGGAUGCCAUUGCUGAAGCCGCAGCCAUGAGGUCAACUUCCAGCAGAAAAGGCCAGACCUCUAUCACCCAUUUGAUGAACUUUUCCCUCCCUCCACGCCCUCACUCGUCUCCUUUUCGGCCCCAUCGUCACGUAACCUACCACUCUGGCUCUCACCGUGUUGACAAGGCGAGAUACGUCAAUGCCAACUACCGGUUUAUAGUGAACCCGAAGAAGAAUUACCAUGCACAGGCCACUAAUGCAGAUGUCCAUCUGGAUUGGGACACUGUGCUGCAGGUGUUGGUGUCGACAUCCACUUCCCAGCCCACCAGCUGUCCCAUCUGUCUAUGUGUACCCGUAGCUCCGCGGAUGGCCAAAUGUGGACAUAUAUUCUGUCUGCCUUGUCUUAUCCGCUUUCUACACGCUGCUGAUGAGCACGAUGCACAGCCUGUGAAGAAGGCGAGAUGGAAGAAAUGUCCAAUCUGCUGGGACCCAGUUUACAUGUCUGAAACCAGAUGUGUAAGGUGGUACUCGGGACAGGAGAUCGAUACAUUGAUGGAAGGCGGUGACGUCUUUCUCAGGCUGGUCAUGCGUCGACCUGGCAGCACUCUUGCCCUCCCAAGGGAUGGAGCUGACCGUCGCCCACACGGGCCAGAGGACGAUCUACCGUGGUAUAAUGCGGCAGAAGUGACCGACUAUGCACGGUUCAUGAAGGGCGGAGAGGAGUACAUGAUAUCACAGUAUGAUGCUGAGCUCGAAGCUCUUGAGAAGCAGGAACAGGAAGACGAGCUUCUCUUUGGGCAGGACUCAACGUGGACUCAGAAAGCCAUGGCUGCCAUCAGAGAGGCCAAGGAAAAGAUAAAGGGAAUUGGUAACCCACCCCAUUUCCAUAGAAAUGACGGAGAGGGGAACAAACAUGGGGAGGACCCAUCUCCACCCACCGCACCACAUACAGAAGAGACUGCGGGUUUGCAUGGCCCUGGAACAUCAUCAUCAAUUUCAGGGCAUCAUACGGCACCCAGUAGAAUGUCAAGAAAGCCGGGAGAAGAUGAUGAUAUCUCGUCUAGGGUGUCUAAGCUUGAUAUAAAUCAGCAUCAUCAUCCGCACACUAAGCAACCGGCUUCAUCGGAUGAAAGGACAUCGCAUCCGACCACACACGAGUCAGAAAGGGGCCACCCUGCUGACGUGCCAUACUAUUUCUACCAAGCUCUACCCCAUUUUUAUCUCUCAUCUCUUGACAUACGGAUUCUCAAGUCGGCGUUUGGCGACUUCUCCCUCUUCCCGUCCACCAUACUACCCCGAGUCGAGCACAUAUCUACGGGCCAUAUCAUGGACGAUGAUUUACGCAAACGCGUCAAAUACCUAAGCCAUCUACCAUAUGGCUGUGAGCUUACCUUUCUAGAAUGUGACUGGACUGACUUGGUCAGCCCCAGUGUCCUUGAGAAGUUCAGUGUCGACAUCGAACGCCGCCGGAAGCGGAAUCGCGAGAAGGCGGCUCGUGAAGAGAAAGAGCGUAUCCGUGCUGAACGGGAGGAAGAUGAGAAACGGCUAGUAGGGGCUAAUCGGCGGAAGAGGUCGAGCCUAUCGUCUCCUAGUGAGCGUCCCUUCAGCGCUAGUGACUUCCAGCCACUUGGCCCCGGCGCAAGCAGCCUGGCCAACAACAACGACGACCAUGUAGACACCAGCGUUUCCACCGCCUCGCCUCCAUGGUCCUCUUCGCAGAGCCGCAACAACCACAACCGCCAGUCAUUUGCGGCUCUAGCAACGCCGUCUAACAGCCCGCCUUCACGCCGCACAGUAUGGGGUACAGCUAUGGUUGAAUCUAGCUCCCCCACCGCCAGCUCGAGUCAGGAUCAUUAUGCGCCUAGUCACGACGAUGGUUGGCUUCAGAAUUGGGAAGCAGAGCUUCUGGCCGAGCAGCAGGAACGUAUCAUGAAUGGCACCAACCCCAAUAGUGGCAGCAGUAGCGGGGUUGGUAAGAACACGCCCGGUGCCACACCGGGUAAGAAAAAGAAGGCUAAGAAGAUCACACUGAUGUCGACCAAUGCACGACGGGCAGCAUAG